UGUAUGCAGGGGGAGUCAAGGAGACCCCUGUUAAGCUUCUGGGCUCCUUCAACAUCAGGGAGCCUCAACCUCUCCCCAGCCGCCUCCAAGGAGCUGCCGCCUAUUGUCGGUCACCGCCUAGGCGCGGAGCUGCUCGGACUUGGCCACCGGUGAGCCCGGGGAGCCGACCGGUGAGGGCUCAAGGGAGUUGAGGGAAGUCUGAACGUGAGGAGCGGUCGCGUGCAAUGGCGUCUCUGCCUCGGUUGUCCGCGGCCAUGCGCGAGAUACAGGACCCGGGUCAGGCGAGAGCAACGCGUGUGGUGGACCCUUUUCCCUAGCAUCCGUGGCCCGGGGUGGGUGGCGCGGCCACUGAUCCCAGCCUCCAUGGAUGCGCAUUCUCCUGCGACCAUCUUCAGUGGUUCCUGCUGGGAUUUUCCUCUGAAGGACAGCUGCUCGGCGUGGACAUCGCAGGAAAGAGCUCCCUGGUACAGUGGAUCAGUCAGUGUGGAGAGCAUCACACUCAGCCUGAGGCCUUUCAUCAUGGUGGAUCCACUAUUUCAGCUUUCCUCUGCCAAUGGAUCAUCAAACUUUUGCCAGUAGCCUGAUGAGUGCAUUCUCUAAGUGCACCUGGGACAGUUUUCUACAUCUAAGCCUAUGGCUUCUAUGACUGUACUCUUAUACCAAAUCCUACACUGUAGCCUGCCCUGAAGGUUCAUCUGUGUGUGUUUUCAAACACUUGUACUUUGGGAACAUGAUGUUUUCUCAUUUACAUUUAUCCUAACAUGACUUCUCAGGAAUAUUUAAUUGCUCAUAUUGAUGAAUAGAGUGAUUUUAGGGAAGGAACAAUAAGUUUCUGGGCACUAUUUGAAAAGCAUAGCUCAUUUCUCAAAAAGAAAGUACUAUGGGCUUUCCAAUCAAGCUAAGGGAAUGCUAUCUUUAGAAUGAAGAAUUACUGAAUAUCUUCUCCUGUGUUCCAUGAGAGGCUCCUGGAAAGGGAACCUGGGCUUCUGGUCAUUUCAGGAAAGCUAAUUUACACGGUGGCAAAGGCUGUUCCCCAUGACAUCAGCAGUUUCUUCUCUGCACAAUCUAUUGUAUCCUGGAAAGCUCCUGGAAUCCCAUGAUGCCACCAGUGAUGUUGCAAUACCAGCUGCCCUUAGGCCAUUCCUUCAGUGCCUGUAGGGUACACAAUUAGAGAUGUUGUCAAGACUGAGGAGUCUACUUUGGAGAGAGAAUGGUGAUCAUCAUCCAGAAAGAAGAGAGUUGCAGAAGAGUAAACAAGAUCAAACGAAUGGCUCUGGAUAGAAACAAUGCUGCUAUGGUGCCAAAAUCCCACCCAGUGCUCCUCACCAAGAAGCAGAUGAAGCAGGAAGUGGAGAGGCUGACCACAGAACUGCAGCUGAUCACCAGCCAAAGAAAUGAGCUGCUAGAUCGCCCAACCUUCAUCAGUGAAGAUACCAUGGAAAAUAGGCCCUACCACAAGCCAUAUCCUUUCUAUGAAAAGCUGAAUUGGAGCAUGUACAGGUCAUGUCAGAACUAAGGACCUUGGAAGUUGAUUACACUGAGACCUCAGAGAAGUUCAGUGAGCUGACCAAGGAGACAGUUUUCUAUCACUGGCCAGCAAGCUAUUUGGAUCUUUCGUAUGUGCCUAGAGAUGUAUGAUGGUCUGUGACCCUCCACUAACAACACAGUCUUCUAAUGAACUGGAGCUCAAGAGAUUGGAGGAAAGUCUUCAGUUGCUGUGGAGGCAGAAGGAAAUGCCCAUGCAGGAAAAGGACUUGGCAGAAAAGCUACAGCAUCACUUUGAAUUCUCCCAGCUGAGGCCGCCCAAUGGGACAAUGUAGAAUGCAUCUCUAUUCUACUCAUGCACGGCGCUAAUCCCAACAUUGUAGAUGACAGUGGCUAUGCUGCCCUCCACCACGCCAUUUGCAGAGGGAACUUAAGAGUUGUCAGCAAACUGCUGGAGUAUAAUGUAGAUAUGAAAGCCAAAACAAAGUGGAUGAGCAGCUGCAGUAGAAUCAGAACAAUCAAUGAAAACAUGUGCCAACUCCAAAAAAGAAGAAAAUUUCAGCACUGACAUAAUGCCUUCUUGCAGUGCAGUAAGACCAGCAAGACAGCUAAAAUCCCUAUUGAAGAAGUCUUUCCUGAUUAAGAGAGCUAGUCGAAGACCAAACGAUCAGAUCUCACUCAGUGAAGGAACAAUAACAAGAGAGCCGGAGCAGAGAAAGGAAAAGUGUGUCACCUUCAACGAUGAAAUACAUUACAAUACUGAUAAGAAGCCUUUUUGCAGCGGCGUACGACCAUCUGGAGAGCUGAAAUCAAUACUUAAGAAGUCUCUUCAGAUCAGUGGAGAUAAUGGAAGAAAUCAAGACCAGAUCUCACUCGGGCUCUCUGAAAACCCUCAUGUUACAACAGAGGACAAGGCCACCAACACUACUAAGGAGGAUAUUGACAACUCUUCCUCCAGGUACACAAUCAUACAGAAACAAAUUUUGUAUUCCAAGAAGAUCGCUGCAAUGAAGAAGCGGGACCAAGAAGGUCUUAGCAAAUCAGUAAUGGACCUAAAUAGUCUGGGAGAGGCACUGCCUGAAUUCUCUAGAAAGAAAUCAUGCUUGAUGGUUGAAACGAAGAAGGGAGGUUUCCUUCCUCCAUCCAAUAUGCAUGACAUCGUGCCCCAGCCUCCUGCCCAUGCCGAUGCCACAUCAACUUCUCAUGUUAGUGAAACAGGUGACAAUCGUCAGUCAUCUGAGGAAACUACUGUUAACAACACCAGCGUUAGUGAAAGAGGUGACAAUCGUCAGUCAUCCGAGGAAACUACUGUUAACAACAUCAGCAUGGAUCACACACCUUCUCUAGGUGACGCGUUGGACCCUCAGAAUGCUUGUAUGCGGGUUCUUGCUUCAAGUCCCACUGAGUGCACCAGCUAUGCAGGAAAUACUCACUCCAAGUUUUUUUUAAUUUGGGCAGCAACCACAUCCUUGCUCCUCCUAACAUCGCCAGUGUGGUUGCUGCAGUUGGUGACUUUGAUGUGGGUAUGGAAUCUAUUUUAGAAAUCCUGCACAGUUAAAGUGACAAGGAGCUUAACAAGUUUCUGCUGAACAACAUAUGAGGAGCUCCUGUCAACAAUGACAAUCUGUCAGAAAUAUUUUUUGAGGUUUUCUUUCAUUUUAUUGUUUGAAGAAUAUUUUCAGUUUACUCUGGCAUUUUAAUGUAUGUAAUUCAGAUCACCCAUGUUGCUCAUAUCUUUCCCAUCCCUGUCCUCUGCCUCCAUCCCAUCCCCUAACUUGUCCUCAUCCCAUUUUUGUAUCAUUUAUCUUAAGGAGUAUGACUUCCAGUAGGAUCCCCCACAGCCAACUGCAUGUGGACAUUAUCAGUUGGACUAAGUGAGUUAUUAAUAUAGGGAGGGAGACAUAACAUCCAUCUUUCACCACUUUUGUGGAUAAAUUACAUAUAGUGUUUUGUUCCUUGAAUUACUGGCCAGGCAUUAAAACAUUAAAUCUUAUCUGAUUCUACAGACCUUAUUAUGCUUUCAGAACAUGUAAAGCUUGCUAAACUUUCAUUCACCUAUUUAAACAUGUACUGUACAUGCAUCCCCAGAGAGAGGACACAACUUAAGGGGAUACACAAUUCAAUAGGAAUUUGACUUUAUCUGGUGGAACAUACUGAUAAAUUCUGAAAGAUAAACAAAAAUAUUUUGCUACUUGGACUUUCUCCCUUAGUCCUUGAUCAGAGGCCUCCUAGUUGUGCGGAAUUCUAAGAAGAUUAAGAAGCUGUAAUGGAGAGUUGAAAGGAGCAAAGGGUCAAAAGUAUUUCCAAGAGGUCAAUAAAUUCAUUAUUCUGCCAUCUGAUAAAAUAUUGAAAUCAAUUUCUGCCUAGAAUGAAUUUCAUGAGAUUUCCAGAAAAUGAGUAGAGUUGCUCAUUUGUAACAAAAGAUGACAAAUAUUAGAUGCCGAGUUUGCCACAUCUUUAUGAAUACAAAUAUAGAUAUGUAUGGGUUCCUUGGCACCCUUCAACAUUCAAAAAUGAAAAAUUCCAGAGAAUUGUUGAGGCUAAGAGGCCCAGCUAGGGCUAGAAUAUAAAAAUCAACAUGGCACAUGUCUGUGGGGGUUUAUAUAUUUAUAUAUGUACAAUUAAAAUACCUGGUCUUUUAAAUGAGCUCAAUAUUUUCAGAAUGCAUGAUUUUAAAACUGUGCUUUUGAGGAAGCAUGUGGAAUGUACUGCAGGGGAUGAAAGAAUACUGAAAAAAUAUAUAAAAAAUAAAUUAUAAUUUGUUUCUGGUUCCUUCAUAUAUAUAUAUAUGUAAUCUAGUUCCUUCUUAUUCCACCUCUUUUUUGGUAUUCUAAAAAAAAACUAUUAACCUGUUGUACAUUAUUUUGAAAGAUUAAAGAUAUAAGACAUCUUUAAAAAUGAUGUUAUUACAUUGGCUUUCAAGUGACAAUCUGUCAGAAAUAUUUUAUAAAAUUUAGAAAUUUUCCUCAUUUGGACCUUGAGAGCUCAGUCCAGUGCUCCAAUGUGGGUCUCUGUCUCUAUCUCCAUCCAUUGCCAGAUGAAGGUUCUAUGGUGAUAUGCAAGAUAUUUAUCAGUGUGGCUAUAAGAUAGGAACAGUUCAAGCGCCCUCUCUUCAACUGCUCAAGGAACAAGCUGGGGACAUCUCCUUGGACAC